UCACAAAACCAUAUCCUUGUUCUAGCUAAGCUAUCCCAACUCCUCCACAUAUACUAGCUCAGCCAAAUUUGAACUCAUCGAUCAUUGUUCUUUUAGAGUUUGAUCACGAUGAAGGUUGAAGUGAUUGAGAGGGAUUGCAUCAAGCCUUCUUCUCCAACCCCAAACCACCUUCGCAAACACGAGCUUUCAUUUCUCGAUCAAGUUGCCCCUCCCAUUUUCAUGCCCAUGCUUCUUUUCUACCCUGCUACUAGUUAUGGUAACGACGAAACACCUUUGUCCGCUAGCCGGGUUAAGCAGUCCCUAUCGGAGACCUUAACACAGUUCUAUCCGCUAGCCGGAAGGAUUAUCGACAACGCCUUCGUCAACUGCAACGACGAAGGUACUCCGUUCGUCGAAGCACGAGUCAAGUGCCUCCUUUCAGACGUUGUAUCCCAACCGGACCCGAACCAACUCAACAAGCUACUACCAUGUGAUUUGGAAUGUGUGGUCGACUUUGUUCUUGCAGUCCAAGUCAACAUCUUUGAUUGUGGCGGCAUGGCUAUCGGAGUUUGCAUUUCGCACAAAGUCGCUGACGCCUUGUCACUAGUCAUGUUUCUCAACUCUUGGGCGUCCAUUUCCCGAGGAGAUAACUGUAACUACAGAGCUCCCAUUUUUGACUUGGCUACGUUCUUCCCGCCAAGAUCCAUAUCGGGGUUCAAACCAGGAGUUGGAAUAGCAAGAGACAAAAUCGUUACAAAACGAUUCGUUUUUAGCGCCUCCAACGUCGCUUCUCUCCGAACAAAAUACACGACGUCUGAAACUGAGAGACGCCCGACUCGUAUCGAGGCCCUGUCAGCUUUUGUAUGGAGCCGUUUUUUGGCUUCCACGCAAGGAAAGCCCAACUCGGACAUAGUUUACAAAGUUCUCCACGCUGUAAACCUACGUACCAGAAUGGAACCGGCUCUUCCGGAGCACCAUUUCGGAAAUGUGAGCAGGUUCGCGACGGCGACGACGUCGUUUGAGGAGGGCGAGGAGGAGUGUUAUGGGUUUGUGGGACAAAUGAGAGAUGCCAUAAAGAGCGUCGACGGGGAGUACAUGAGGAAGAUUUUAGAAGGCACGGCGCAUGUUGAUUAUUUGAAGCAGAGAGCGGAGGAGUUUCUGAAAGGAGAAGUGGUUUCGUUUAGCUUCACCAGUCUGUGUAGGUUUCCGUUGUAUGAGACUGAUUUUGGGUGGGGGAAGCCGAUAUGGGUCGGGUCUGCUAGCCUCACGUUCAAGAAUUUGGUUUGUUUCAUGGAUUCUGGGUCUAGUGGUGGGAUCGAAGCGUGGGUUAAUUUGAAGGAAGAAGACAUGGCUAAGUUUCAAGAGGAUGAGCAGUUGCGCGCACUCAGUUAUCCAGCCAGAGAUGCUAAAGUUUAGUGCUGCCCGGUCCACUAUUAAUAAUGGAUGAUGUGCUUAAUUAGAUUUUACUUCAGUUAUAUUUCUUGAUCGAUUUGAAGCAACUGAUAUUAUUUGCGUUUGAAUAAAUUUGUUUAUCAACUGAAGGAAAUAGUAAAAUUGUAACUUCAG